UUUCUGUAUAUUUGGGUACAUUUUUGUUUAGGAUCAACUGGGCUCACGUUUUGUGGGAAGUCGUAAAAUUAUUUAGAGCUAUGCGGAGGUCAUCUCGCAUUAGAGUAACCAUUGCCCGAAACAUCAAUUCGAAAUUUUAAUGUUAUUGGAAGCCUGGUAAAAUUAUAGCACUGGGAUAAUAUGUGCUCCAGGAGAAGGGUCAAUACAUGCCCUUGUGCUGUGAGAUGUGCAUGUCCCAGUUCAGCGCGAAAUCAACUAUGUCGCCCGGUGGAUGGGUUUCAUAAGCUUCAUACGCCAUGUAAAUGGUGUCGAAAGGCGCGGAUUAACGAUUGGGACUUGUGGUAUGGACGAGACAUAAAAGUAUUCAAUGAUCUGGCAUAUACGUUGGAGAAGCCCAUACAUAAGAUAGCCGAGUUAAUGUAUGAUUUCACGCUGCAGAAUUAUAGUGAUAUUUUGAAUCCUAAGGGCAAGGGCUGGAAUCAUUGCCGCGUACCGCUGUCUCACGGGGAUAUUUGUGAGCGUUACCUGUCCAUCUUUGACUUGGAUGGUAACCUGCGUGAUCCAACACAUCCCAGAAGUCUGUUUAGGCUACUUCAAGUAAUUAAGACCAUUUCAACGUCGGAUAUUGCCGAUAUUGCUGAGCCUACACAAUCAAUACCCAUUCAUGAUUUGGCCACGGUCCGUUUUGCCAACGAAGCUAAUGGGAAUAAGACUAACAACCCUGUCAAAAAUAUAGACCUCGAUUACCUGCGUACAAAAAAGAGUCAAGAACCGCGCCAAUUUGAUAUGUAUGCUAAGCCCGAUGUACACUCAAUCCUAACUCAAAGUCACGCUUCCAAUAAACCAAUAGAUCAUAAUAUUAAGAUUGACACUCCCAAUGUGAGACGGGCCACAAUUAGCUUGCACGAUUCCGAUUUGUUGUUGGUAGAUAAGAAGGGUCGACGUCGGGGCCAAGGCAGCAAUCAGCUAGACAGCUUGCGUUUGCAUCAAAAACUUAUUUUGCAUAAAAUGCUGCGGAAGAACUUGAAAGAUGAGGAUCCGAGUCGAUUUCUUGCUGCCCUGGCCAAAACGGACCUAAAUGAAUCCUCUCCAAAGCAAUUAAAACGUGUACAAGCAGCUCAACAUAUAUCCAACUUCUAUUCGGCCACAGUGAGCGAUGAGCCCAAGCAUCGGCAUACAGUUCAAGGUCUAAAGGCAAGAAAACAGGAGCAUCGGCCAGAGUUACAGCCGGCACAAACGAAUGUACAACAGCGUCCGGUAAAAGAACGUAGAUACUACGGCGAAUCUUUGCCCGUGCUGUUUCAUGAACCGUACGACACCAACAAGAGAACCACCUGGUUGCGUCGUCAUCCGGACCAGCUACGCAUGCAGGAGGACGGGCAAGUGGGCAUGGCCCGUGUCAGACGCUACAGGCGGGAAUCAGUAAUGAAGGCUUUGCAGCAAGCCCGUAAUAGAUGGUCCAUACAUAGCAUAAAUAGCCCGCCAGAGGAGCCUGCUGUAGAAUCGAUAACGGGGCUACAUAAGAAACCAGAGUAUCGACGUGUAUUUUCGUCCACUAGCAGGCGUGUCAGAAACAGUAAACAUAACCGAGUCAAUAAUAGUGGUCAUAGGUAUCCAAGGGUUUCUGUUUUCAAAUAAAACUUAUUACGCACACAUCCAGUUUUUAAAUUUUGAAUUUUUGUCAAUGUUCUGC